AUGGGUGACAGGGGUCUUCGCCAUGUACCUUAUCGCUGCCGUCUGAUUGCUGGGGAAAUGGUGCAAGGCUGUUGGGCAGACCACCAGCUAAAUACUAGGCACCUACCGGCCACAGCCCCUCUGUCCGAUUCCCAACCACUACAACUUCCAGUCAUCCCCCAACUGCCUUUGACCUUCAUUAGCUAUCUCGUGAAUCAUUGUCGAGGCGGCUUUGACUUGACCUUGCUCUUCGAGGAAUGCUUCCUCUCAAUUGCUCCCUCAGCGCUGCUGCUCCUGGCGCUUCCAUUUCGCUACAAGCAACUAUGGCGAAAGCGCAGCCCCAAGGUCUUCCAAAGUCCAGUACACUGGGCCAAGCUGAUUGUUGCUCAGGUUCUGGGAACAUGUCAGCUCUCUCUGCUAGUUAUCUGGCUCCUCCCUCAUGCACCACGAACACAAACAUCCCUGGCGGCUGCAGCUUUGUCCUUCUUUAGUUCCAUUGCUCUCUUGUUUCUGUCACACUUGGAACACCUCUAUUCGAUCCAGCCAUCCUUUUUGCUCAAUCUCUCCUUGUCAUUGUCAAUCCUUUUCGAUACUGUCCGUGCAAGGAGCUUAUGGCUAGCCUCCUAUACUCUUCUUGCCGCGAUCUAUACGGCCAGUAUCGCUGUAAAGGUUGUCUGGUUUAUUCUAGAGUCGCGGUCAAAGCAAGCACACUUCAUCGAUAAGAGAACACGGUAUGGCGACGAAGAAGUCCGUGGUUUGUAUAGCCGCGCCUUCUUCUGGUGGAUCAAUCCUUUGCUUUUCCUCGGCUUCAAGGAAAGGUUAUCGGUGGAUGAGCUACCGUACCUGGAUCAGGCUCUGUCGGCAAAUGUACUCCAUCAGAGCUUCUCGGCACAAUGGGCUUCUACUCUCAAAACCGGAAAAACUGCUCUGGCAUAUUGUACCCUUCUUACAUUCAAAGCUUCUAUCAUUAAUUCGUUUUUGUCGAGGCUCGCAAUGAUUGGGUUGAACUUUGCCCAGCCAUUCUUGAUAACAAACCUGACCAAUUACGUUGGGGAAGUUGAUCCCAAUAGCAACGAUGGCUAUGGCCUGAUUGGUGCGUUUGUUUUAGUAUUUGGGUUGAAAGCAGUCUUCAACUGUCUCUACGAACAUCAUACAUUCCGCCUCAUCACCCAGAUACGAGGUGCUCUUGUAUCCAUGAUCUAUGACAAAACACUUGAGCUGAAGUUUGACGAGUACAGCGACUUGGCUGCGCUGACUUUGAUGAGCAAUGAUAUCGAUAAUAUUGCAUCAGGGAUCCAAAAUAUGCACGAAUUCUGGGCAAGUCCGAUAUCAGUGGCUAUCGCAUUAUUUCUUCUGCAGCGCGAGGUUGCCUGGGCCGCUGCAAUUCCCGCGGUCCUUACCCUGGCGGUCUUCUACUUCACGCAUCUGAUAUCAAAGUCGGCUCCGGGGAGGCAAAAGAUAUGGAUGCAGGCUGUUCGGGAAAGGGUCGCGUUUGCGUCGAGUUAUCUUGAUACAUGUACGACCAUCAAGAUGCUUGGUCUUCAUGGUCGAAUUUCGUCCAUGUUGCAGCAAUUCCGCGUCAACGAGUUGAACCGACAAUCAAAAUUCCGACAUUUGAUGGUGAAGAUGAAUCUACUAGCGGGUACAACAACAAGCCUGAGCCCUGUCCUCACCCUCAGCCUAUACACCGGCAUUGCACUCCAUACAGGGCGCAAUCCAUUAACAGUGGCCCAGACCAUGAUGUCCCUUUCAAUUAUCUCUCUAUUGAGUAGCCCCUUGUCGAACCUGGUCUAUUCUGGGCCAAGAGCUACUGGGGCAUUAGAGUGCUUCCAAAGGAUCCAGGCCUACCUUUUGGCGAAUUCCAAGCUUGAUGAUCGAGUCGUGUCUCAUGAAUAUGUUUCGGGUGAUACAAGCACAACUGAUGCGGGCGCUGACGGCAGCGUGUCGUUGGAGCUACAACCGUCAGUUAUCCGCAGUAGAGGGCGGAUAUCUCGCUUUUUUGCGUCCGAAACCGAGUUGGUGCAGAUUUCCCAGGCUGAUUUUGGGUGGGACCGUAAUUCGGCGGCCACACUAUCGAAUAUCGAUCUAAGAUGUCCCUCUUCGUCACUCAUCAUGGUUACUGGGCCUACCGGUUCAGGAAAGAGUACACUACUACAUGCAAUCCUCGGAGAGAUCCCCUGCUUGAAGGGCUUUAUUCACACCAAAGUCUAUGACAUAGCCUUCUGCAACACGAAAACCUGGAUUCGAAACAGGUCGAUUCGUGAUAACAUCUGCCAGCCCUUCCCUUACAAUGAAGAAUGGUACCGCACGGUGCUCCGUUCGACCGCUCUGGACCAAGACAUUGAAAGCCUUUCUCAGAAAGAUCUUACGGUCAUCGGCAGCAAUGGCAUGGCAAUCAGUGGUGGGCAGCGCCAAAGGAUCGCUCUUGCCCGUGCGAUCUAUGCACGGAAACAGCUGGCUGUUUUCGAUGAUGUUCUGAGCGCCCUGGAUGCUAAGACAUCAGAGCAAGUUUUUACACGCGUGUUUGGAGCGCAGGGCAUCUUGCGCCAGCAGGGGACUACUGCCAUCUUGGCAACACAUGAUCAAAAAGUUCUUGCAUUUGCUGAUCAUGUUGUCGUGCUCCGAAAUGGGAAGAUCUCGGAGCAAGGACCUGCCCGAAAGCUUCAACUUUGGAAUCGCCUAGAGGCAACAUCCAGCCAACCAUUAGCUGACGAACCCCGAGGAACAGUGUCAAAUAGCCAAAUGGCCUUGGGCACAUCGUCUCAGAGUGAUGAGGAGAUGGAUAGGAAACUCGGAGACUUAAGCAUCUAUGCGUAUUACCUACGAGCUGCUGGACCCCGGCAGAUGCUGCUCUAUUUCAUAGCCUUGGUUAUUGGGGUCUUCUGCUCGCAAUUCCCCAAUCUCUGGGUCCAGUGGUGGGCAGAAGCAAAUGCACAAACCCCGUUUGGCCACCUCGCCCGGUACAUCAGCGUCUAUGCAGUGCUGGCCGCUCUUGGGGCUGCGCUGUGGGCUUCGUGCAUGUGGCUCGUCUUCUGUCGGAUUGUGCCCACAUCCUCAAACCGGCUUCACGAUUACCUGGUAGAUAAGGUGAAGAAAGCGCCCCUGCACUGGCUCACAUCCACCGACAGUGGUGUCACCCUCAAUCGUUUCAGUCAAGACAUGACCUUGAUUGACCGAUCCCUACCGGCUGACUUUCUCAAGACAUCCAACAAUUUCGCGCAAUGUGUGAUGAGUGCGGUCUUCAUCUCCGUUGGAGCCAAAUACAUGGCAGUCUUGAUUCCCCUUGCAGUCUUCAUCAUAUAUUGGAUCCAAAAAUUCUAUCUCCGCACAUCGCGGCAGCUCCGCCACUUGGACCUGGAAAGCAAGUCGCCUUUGUACACCCAGUUCACGGAGACACUUACUGGCCUUGUCACUAUUCGCGCAUUCGGUUGGCAAAACAGCUUCCAAAAAGAACACCUGGAACUGCUGGAGAGAUCCCAACGGCCUUAUUAUGUACUUUUUGUCAUUCAACGGUGGCUUCUUCUUGUUCUGGAUCUGUUUGUUGCAGGGGUUGCGGUUUUGCUGGUCAUAUUCGCCGUGUUCAUCCCCGGAAUUGGUCCGAUAGGUGUUUCGCUAAUCUCCUUGAUCACGUUCAAUCAGCAGUUGUCGGAGCUGAUCAAUUUCUGGACUUCGAUGGAGACCAGUAUUGGCGCGGUGACCCGCAUCCGAAAUUUCGAGAAGGUCCCUACGGAGGAUCUUCCGGGAGAAAACCUGGUUCCUUGUGCUGACUGGCCGUUAGAAGGACGUAUCGUCUUCCAGAACGCCUGUAUAGGCUACGAUUUGGCUUUGGAGCCCGUCCUCCGUCAGGUAUCCCUGACCAUCUCUGGUGGGACCAAGCUAGGGGUGUGUGGACGCACUGGCAGUGGCAAAAGCUCUCUCCUCAUUGCCCUCCUCCGUCUAGUCGAAAUUCAAAGCGGUGAUAUUACCGUUGAUAACGUGAGUUUACAAUCAUGCCCCCGAGACCUUAUCCGCGAUCGAGUUACCGUGAUACCGCAGGAACCGGUUUUGUUCCGGGGCACCGUCCGCGACAACAUUACCGGGUUCACCCCUGUUGAAGAUGACCAGGUCCGGUACGCUCUUGGCAAGGUGCAGUUAUACGAGCACGUCAUGAGCUGCGGGGGUUUGGACGUCAAGGUCGAUGAGCUCCCCCUGUCAGCUGGCCAGCGACAGCUGAUCUGCCUGGCGCGGGCUAUUGUGAUGAAACGAAAGAUCCUGCUUCUGGAUGAGGUGACCAGCCGCGUGGAUGACGAGACAGACCUCCUAAUGCAGGAGGUGAUUCGCACCGAGUUUGCUAACUGUACGAUCAUCGCGAUUGCCCACCGGGUGCAUACCCUGGUGGAUUACGAUCAAGUAGCUGUGAUUGAUCAAGGUAGGGUCGUUGAGUGUGACACGCCCGGGGUACUUCUCGGACAAUAUGGAUCGCUUUUCAGGCAGAUGCUCGACCAGCAACAGUUGGGUCGCGCCCACGGUUCGAUUCGUGAUGCCGAAAGCGGCUGGCGAGGACUUGAUCUGGCCUCGAAUCAACAACUUGCUCCCAUGUAUUCUUGCCCCCAUCCCCGACGCGUAGAGAAUCUUCCAUACUCCGUAGACACCGCCGAUAAGCCGACAUGUGACCCUGGCGCUAAGCAGCAACGUGGGUCUGGCGGUGGAUCGGGAGUGAAACUCCAGGUCGCACUAACUCUCACCACUCCAUCUGCUCCGGUCUCCGAGCCGGAAACAAUGAACGAACGCAUCUCACCACCAGCUCUCUUUGUUGCAUCAGAUGUUAGCUGA